AUGGCCACGCCAGAACGUCGGCAGUUCACGUAUCCAUUUUCGCACCAGAGGAGUGACUCUGGUGCUUCGUCUGGAUAUAUGACUCCAGACCUUGACGUGAGGAGCAACCUCAAGCUAGUUCUCCAACGGACGUUCCUUGAGCCAGCACCAACCGCAACCCCGCUUCGCUUUGUCGGCCGCCGCUCGCACAGCCGCUCGCCGUGCUUUUGGAUCGAAUCACCGCUCCUGCUGUCGCUCCCGUCGCCCCCGUCGCUGCACCUGGGCUGCCCGGCUCAGCAGCUAUCUCUCACCAUUCAAUCGCAGACGAAAAAGCUGCGCGUGGACUUCCCCAAGGAGCUACCGUCGCGGCCGUGGUACCUCAGCCUAGCUGGGAGGGUGUUGAGAGAGGCUGCUGCUGAGUGCUGGGUGUCCGACGACUUUACUCCCAUCGACAAGCUGGAGUUCAUGCUUGCGGGGGAUCGGUACCUGCAUGUUGUUGCUGGCAGGGCGAACAUCUCCAACCUGCCGCUGACUCGCAUGCUGGGGGACCCAAACAGCAACCCACCAGCCAUGUGGGCACAAAAAAUACGUGUUAAAGUGUUCAGAGCCAGCGUAUGA